CACGUUUAUCGAGGGAACCUAUAUAUAUACACACACAAUUGAUUGAUGUUGUGAUGAGAGAGUUUUCUUUAUUCAAACAAAACAUUCAAGCCACAUCUCUAGGGUAAACUAAAAAGCAGCUGUGAUGGAGUCGGCUCUUUAAAACUAGCUAAGAUACAUUGAGAAUGCCCGUGUGCAUCAUUGGACACGGAUUGACGCCUCGCAGUUAGGAGUUGACAUCAGGAGGUGUAGUGACUGUUUCCACGGAGCACGGACCGGUCUAUAGUACACUACCGAUAUCUUUCAGACGUCAGACCCUUCCUCCUUGGCGUGCCCAGUGCAGGCUGGUGAUAUACAGGCGGCAGGAUGACGUGCAGGGAUCGAACCAACGAGUUCCAGUCCGCCUGCAAAUCCCUACAGAGCCGACAGAAUGGUGUUCAGCACACCAAGCCAGCCCUCAGUGCUCUCAAGCAACGCAGUGACUUCACCCUCAUGGCCAAGAGAAUAGGAAAGGACUUGAGUAAUACAUUUGCUAAACUAGAGAAACUCACUAUAUUGGCUAAAAGAAGAUCUCUAUUUGAUGACAAGGCAGUGGAGAUUGAAGAGUUAACCUACAUCAUCAAGCAGGACAUUAACAGCCUGAACAAGCAGAUUGCCCAGCUGCAGGAUCUGAUUCGUUCACGCGGAGCUCCCAGCGGAAGACACAUCCAGACCCAUUCCAACACCAUUGUCAUCUCCCUGCAGUCCAAACUGGCCUCUAUGUCCAAUGACUUCAAGUCAGUUCUAGAAGUAAGAACGGAGAACCUGAAGCAGCAGAAGAACAGGAGAGAACAGUUCUCUCAGCGUCACGUCUCUUCUCCUCUCCACGCCAACAACUUCAAGAGUUCAGUGUUGAUGCAGGAUGAGUCCAGGAGUAUGGGGGCUGAGGUGGCCAUCAACAUGGACAACCAGUCUAACCCUCUACAGCUCCAGCUCAUUGAUGAGCAGGACUCAUACAUCCAGAGCCGUGCAGACACCAUGCAGAACAUUGAGAGCACCAUCGUAGAGCUGGGCUCUAUCUUUCAGCAGCUGGCUCACAUGCUGAAGGAGCAGGAGGAGACAGUACAGAGGAUUGAUGCUAACGUGGAGGACACUCAGCUCAACGUGGACAUGGCUCACACGGAGAUCCUCAAGUACUUCCAGUCUGUGUCCUCCAACCGCUGGCUCAUGGUCAAGAUCUUCCUCGUCCUCAUCGUGUUCUUCAUCGUCUUUGUGGUCUUCCUCGCCUGAGCAGGGAGAAAUGAUAGAUAAAGAAGUAGAGGUUGAAGAAGAGGGAGAUGGAAAAGUUAAUUGUCUUUUGACAGAUUGCGUCACUCCUAUGAAACGCUAGUCGCUUGACCAAUAGUUCAGACGGAGUCAUGCUAUCUGACAUAAGACAAUGGGAAAGGUUGGGCUGAGACGAGGGGUUGCCACAGCAACAGGACAAUGGGAAAGGUUGGGCUGAGAUGAGGGGUUGCCACAGCAACAGGACAAUGGGACAGGUGGAGUGUUAUUGAACGGUCUGGGACUUGAGGUCCAGCAGCACAAGAAAUGAUAGUCUGCUGCCUAAAGCCUUGGAGAGAGUUUCUGGAGUGACCCUAGCAGAUCUCUUCUGUUCCUACAGACAUUGAUGAAAUACCCCUAAUGAAAAGGAUAUGCUAUCGGAACACGCUUUGUAUAGUAUAAACAGAAUACUUGUCAUUCUGUUCUUUGUUACUUUAGAGAAUAAUUCAUCUUACACAUUUAAUCAAAAAUGACUUAUUUAAUGGUUUGAUUCUGCAAACCUGGUUUUGUUUCUUGGUAGAUUUUCUUUUACCCCUCAUGUUGCUUAUUGUUGAUUGGUUGUAAGACGGGGUGUCAUCAACUUUCUCUCCGACAUGAGGGCCAACACAACAGACUGGAGUUCUUGAAUUGUAAUAAUUUCUUUCGAUUUUUAUUCCUCAUUAUUCCAGUUUUAUUAAAGAGAGACUUGAACAAUU